UCCCGAUCAGCAUCAUCAGCAGCUACAGUCUGAAGCUUCUCUUCUCGGUCAGUACGCGGACGCCAUUGUUUAUUUUCUCCGCUGCGAGAGUGAGUGAAAAAUCCCUUUUCCGGGUUCCUUUUCGGCGCCAAAGUGCUAGUGAUUCAGGUGGAUUUCCGGUGCCAGAUUUAAUAGUGUUCGAGUAGGUUUCCGUUUCCUGGUGGUUUGAGCUAUCAAAUCGUUCGUGUAAGCAAGACGAACUCUCCCGGGUGUGGAAGUAGCAAAGCAAAUCCUAAAACAAACAGCAAGAAUAUACCUACAUUUCAAUGCAAAGUUGUGAAUGAAAGAAAAAAAAACUCGCGAAUAAGCAGACUCGAAAGUAUUCUUCAUUCAAAAGAAACGCACGCAAAGACAGAACGGAGCGGCGAAGCGUUGUGUCCGGAAGAAGAAAAAAUUCGCUAAGUGAAAAGAACCCUAAACUUUUCAAUGAAAAACCAACUGAUUGUUGUUAGUAGCAAGGUGCAAAUAUUUACUGAUAACGCGUAGUGCGCUAGUAAGUAAGUUGGCUUUCUAGUGGCCCCAGUGAAAAGUGGAAUCAGGUUUUCGGUGGGGGGAUUUGGCAAAUCUAAUCCCAAAUGACGGCCAACUCGGAAUCGGUCGAUGGGACAGAGCUGGUCCCAGCUUCCACCAAGAAUAAUGCUAUCCUGCGCUGGAAGCGUGUGACAAACUCCAGUGGACCGCAGCCGAGACCUCGCCAUGGGCAUCGGGCUGUCAACAUCAAGGAACUGAUGGUGGUUUUCGGCGGUGGCAACGAAGGAAUAGUCGACGAACUUCACGUCUACAAUACAGCUACCAAUCAAUGGUAUGUCCCGGCAACGAAGGGCGAUGUACCACCGGGCUGUGCCGCGUACGGUUUCGUGGUCGAUGGAACCCGUAUCCUGGUGUUCGGUGGCAUGGUCGAGUAUGGCAAAUAUUCCAACGAGCUGUACGAACUGCAGGCGACCAAGUGGGAGUGGAAGAAGCUGAAGCCGAAACCACCAGAGUCGGGACAGCCACCAUGUCGUCGGUUGGGUCACAGUUUCACCUUGGUCGGCGAUAAGAUCUAUCUAUUUGGAGGACUCGCCAACGAAAGUGACGACCCGAAGAAUAAUAUUCCUAAGUAUCUGAAUGAUUUGUAUAUUCUGGAGAUCAAGAACAACCAGCUCCAGUGGGAGAUUCCAACCACGUUCGGCGAAAGUCCUCCACCGAGAGAAUCGCACACGGCUGUGUCGUGGUACGAUAAGAAGUUGAAAAAGUACUGGCUGGUUAUCUACGGUGGUAUGUCCGGAUGCCGUUUGGGUGACCUUUGGCUGUUGGACACAGAUACCAUGUCCUGGACUCGACCGAGAACCAAUGGGCCAUUACCGUUGCCCAGGUCCUUGCACAGUUCCACGUUGAUUGGUAAUCGUAUGUACGUAUUUGGUGGAUGGGUUCCAUUGGUCAUGGAGGACGUGAAAGCCGAAAAACAUGAAAAAGAAUGGAAGUGUACCAAUACGCUGGCCUGCUUGAAUCUCGAAACGAUGACUUGGGAGGAUUUGGAUCUGGACACCGAAGAGGACAACAUGCCCCGAGCUCGGGCCGGCCAUUGUGCGGUUGGCAUUCACACCCGGCUGUACAUUUGGUCCGGUCGCGACGGUUACCGGAAGGCCUGGAACAACCAGGUCAGGGUAUGUUGUAAAGAUCUGUGGUAUUUGGAAGUGGAACGGCCAACGGGAGCAUCUCGGGUACAGCUUGUUCGAGCAUCAGCACAUUUCUUGGAGCUUUGCUGGCCAGCUGUGCCUUCCGCCGCCUACUAUAUAUUGGAGGUUCAGAAGAUCCCGCAGCCACCUGCACCAGCUUCGAGUGCUCCAGCUCCACAGCCGGUACCAAGUAUCACCCCGGCAGGUGCUGCACUUCCAGCAGCUUCUCCUGUGCCCAUCUCAUCUCCGGCCCACUCUUUGGCCUCUCCAGUUGGAUCUAUGUCUCCAGCCGCAGCCGGUAUAACUUCCGGUGAACCACUUCUUCAACAACCCAUUAUCAAAACCAUACCCGGUCGUGCUAUUGCUUCUCCUAUUUCAGCUUCGCCAGUUGCGGUGCAGUCAGCUACUCCAUUAGUUACAGCCGGUACCAGCUCAAAUAUACUUCAGUCAGCGGCCCAAGCCAUCAACAGCCCAGUUCACCAUUCUGUGGCGCUCCAAUCGCCAACUCCUACAGCCGUUGCUCUGCCGUCGUCUCCAGUGCACACCGUAACCUCGCCUCAGCAAGUGCAACGGAUCGUUACCAAGGUUCAAGCACCAAAACCUAUUCAACAGCAGCAGACACAACAGAAGAUUAUUACCCCAUCGUCUCCAAUAUUGCAACAGCAGCCCACCCAGAUCAUUCAGACCCAACCGACUGUUCAGCAACAACAAAUUCAACAACAACAUGUCACACAAAUCACUCAACAACCGCAGACUAUUCGCGUGGUCAGUGGAGGAGCAGCUACGAUCUCGAAUGCCCAACAAAUUACUACUGGUACCGGAACACCGAUUCGAGUUCUUUCAUCUACUGGACAGCAGGUUCGCAUAGCAACACAGCAACCGAUCGUCAACGUUAGCAACGCCACAGUUCAGCAAGUGUCCCAUGGACAAGGUACCACUGCUGUUAUCCGUGGACAGAACAUUGUUGCGGCACAAGGCCAACAGCGUAUCGUUAGCGCUUCGGGUUCUACCACAACGACGGCUACAAUCGGUGGUAAACAAAUCAUCUUGCAGAAACCUUUGACCAUAGUCGGAGGAGCCGGAGGCAGCACAGCAACCGGAACACUCAACAACGUCAACCAGCCACAAAUCGUAACGUUGGUUAAAACCAGCCAGGGCAUGACAGUUCAAACAUUGCCCAAAGUUAAUGUGGUCCAGAAGGGUGCGACCAUUCAACAGCAGCAACAAAUCGCCACAUCCAACAUUCUUGGAGGAACUGGUACAAUCCAGCAAACGAUGGGGGGCCAGAAAACUGCUGUUAUUGGCGGAAAUGUUGUCAAGCUAAUGUCCUCUACCGGAACAAUCGGUGGAAAACAGAUUGUUAUGAAGAAUCCUAACAUCGUACAAGUUGGCAAAGUUGCAACUAACGUUGCUGGUAAGCCUACAUUGGUCAUCACCAAUAAAGCUGGUCAGCAAAUUCGAAGCAAUCAACAGGUGAUUGUGGUCACCACACCACAAGGUAUUCGUACAGUCAGCGGAACUGUAACAUCAUCCGCCAACAACUUCGUGACCUUAUCCACAUCGCAAGUUAUCAACACCAUUAGCACAUCUAGAGCUGCCAAUAUUGGUGGAGCCACAGUUCUUCAGGCAGGUACAGCCGGCACUGCUGGUACAACUGCCAAUAUCGGAGGCCAAGCCAUAAAACUUCGUGCCGUACAGGGAGGUAAACCCAUAACAUUCACUGUUCCCGUUGGCGGACUUCAGGCAGCCGGUCAGAAAUUGAGUGGAACCCAGAUUAUCAAUAUGCCUCAAAAAGCUUUAACGAUCGGUGGCAAGGCUGUCACCGUUCAGCUAGCUCCUUCAGCAGGUGGCCAGAAAACGGUUACGAUCGUUCCUUCAUCAGCGGGUGGCGCCGGAGGUGUCGGAGGUACCGGGGUUCCAGGUCAGCAGAAAAUUGUUAUGUUACCAUCGAAAACGACAACCACACGGAUAGUGACUCAACAACAGUACCAACAAAUCCAACUUCAACAGCAGCAAGCUCAAUUGCAACAACAGCAGCAGCAGCAGCAACAAGAACAGGUCUCAACCGAUGCUGCAUUUGCAGCUUUGGCUGCCGAAGCUGGACUUAUCGAAAACGAAGGGGAUCAAAUCGAACAAAUGGACGGCUGCUUCGACCUGCUACAAUCGGAGGAAUGCUACGAAGCGGAUGAUGAGGAAAUGUUUGAUGCACGAAUCCAAGAAAUCGAAGACAUUGACGAGGUGGCUAGUAAAAAGUCGUUCACCUGGCCUCGCAUAGAGCAGUUGGAUGGAUGCAAUGAUCAACUUUCAUCUUCAUCGGAUGAGGAAGAAGAUGUUGUUAUGGAAGACGUUAACAACCGGCAGACACCUCGAUUUGUUCGGUUAGGUUUGUUUGGUGGUGCAGCAGCAAUAGAGACACCAGAAGAAGGGGACGAAUCUGCCGAAAAUGCCAGCCAAGAUCCGUUGGAAGAACACAGUGAAACACCAGCAUCGGAAGCAACUGCUCAGGAAGCAAGUAACGAGGGAGGUGACCAACCGGAAUCUUCCACAUUACCCGAGGAACAAAUGGAACAAGGUACAACAGAAGCAUCCGCUGAACAGACUUCAAACGAACUUGAUGCAAGUGGUGCUGCUGAACAGGAGCAACAACAGUUGUCAGCUGGUUCGGAAUCUGGUGCUGCUGUUGAACACACUUCUGCAGACCAAAACCAGGAAGCUCCGGCUGCGGAAGGAGCAACGGCGAGUGAGGAAAACAGACAAUCUGAUAAUGAGGAUGUCACGAUGCAAGACAAUUCGUUGACUGCCGAUGCGAUCAGUGAAGAACACGCGAGGAAAAGCGAUCCUGCCGCGGAAACUACAGAUAAUAUACCUAUUGCAGAUCAAUCAGAAAGUGGUGCCACACUUGAUGCAACCAAGGACGUAAAUGCUGCUGAAGAAGGUGGUGCCGACUUAGCUCAGCUAAGUUCUCUUGAAGGUCAUGCGGAUGCGGCAUCCGCAGCACCACCUAUGGUAGUUAGCGUGAACAGUGCACCCACUGCAUCGGAAACAGAAGCAGCCAAUAUCCUCACGACCAUCAAAAGUGGCGAUCUAAUGUCGCUCCAGAAUGCUGAUCUUCUAGCCGGUUCAGAACGGGACAAUAUCAUGCAACUGAAUACGGGAUUGCUCCAAGCAAGCGGAUCUGAGCUGGGUAGCAGUGCUGAUGGAACCCAAUUCAUCACUCAUUUAACUAGUACUGCAUCGACAACAGGUGGGAUAGUGAAACCAGACAAUUCCAUUUCGAACUCCAAUAAUGUCGCUGGAGGUCAUCUCGAUGCUUUAGCGGAAGCAGCUGCAUCAGCCACAUCCGUACUAUCUGAUUUGAUGAGCACAACAUCGGCCAACACUUCUUCAUCAACUGCUGGCACUUUCACUUUGGCCACGGCCACUCCGCAGCAAUCUCUGACGGGAAAUAAUACCACCAUCAAAUAUUUUGAUGCAAAUUCGAAGCAAUUCACCAUUUCGUCACCUUUGCUGCAAUCGCCUGUCAAUCCACCUCAGGCUAACAUUCUCAGCAAUAGCAACGGAAACGCUGGAGUCCCAACAGUGGUAACAACUAUUCCCGGAACCACACCGACCAGUACGUCCAAGGUGACAAUUACACCGAAAACAGCGGUUCGAUCGAUUGGCAAAACCAAGGAGGAGAAAGAAGAGCUCAAAAUAAACCGAAUAAAAGACGAAUCGGAAAAAUGGUUCACGGUCGGCAUUUUCAAGGGCCUUUCGCAUACGGUUUCAAACUUUGUCGAUUUCGACGAAUGGAAUUGUUUGUACGAUGGAGACAGCGUGACCGCUGAUAAUCUGCCCGAUUUGGCCAAAUUCAAGCGGAUAAAUCUAGAGCCAGGUUGUGCUUAUCGUUUUCGUGUGGCAGCCAUCAACAGUUGCGGCCGUGGCGAGUGGAGUGAUGUGGCACCCUUCAAAACGUGUCUACCCGGAUUCCCGGGAGCACCGUGGGCUAUCAAGAUAUCAAAAUCACCGGAAGGAGCUCACCUCUCCUGGGAACCUCCACCAUCCACGACCGGAGACAUUUUGGAGUACUCGGUGUAUCUGGCCGUCAAGUCACAGAACGCCAUGGACAAGGCAAGCCAAUCUUCGGCACAACUGGCGUUCGUACGAGUCUAUUGUGGACCCAACAAUCAGUGCACGGUGCCAAAUCAGUCUCUGUUGACGGCUCACGUGGACUACACCUCGAAGCCGGCGAUCAUUUUCCGCAUUGCUGCACGUAAUGAUAAAGGAUAUGGACCUGCUACCCAAGUGAGGUGGCUUCAAGACCCCCAGUCGGCCAAAGGUGCUGCACCGGCAGGGACCAGUGGUUCCGCCGCUUCGCCUUCGGCAGUCAAACGUCUCAGCGAUAAGUCGCCCACAACGACGGCCAAACGGGCAAAGACUAAUAUGAUGUCGCCGACGGCGCUCCAACCCCACUAAGGGACGAAAAGUUAAGGGCCAAGAAUCGGCCACGGAGCCAACGUUGUACAGUAGUAAGGAAAGAAUGGUUAAGUUAGAUUCUUCCGCUGGUGUUGGCGGAGAAAAAUAUAUCGUGUAGAAAGAAUCUAGAAUUUGGGUGAACGAUAAGUGUAAUCGCGAAGAUGGUUGUUCUUGCUGUAUGUAAGUAACGAGCGUAUGUGGUUUGAUCAUCAAGAACAGCUCACCAGAAUAAACAGCGCUUCGUUCAACUACCUUUGUUUGAGCCUUACACGGCGCAAUUUAUCUAGGCGGAAUUUUUCUUUCGAUCGGUUUUAAGGAUGAAGUAGCUUACGUCCUAUAAAUAAAUGUAGGAUUAAAGGCUUCUUUUUAGUCAAGGCGACCUUAAAAAUGUUUGAGGUAAUAUAAGCGGUUGUGUCAUUUGAAAACUCAUGUUCCCUCGAUAGAAAAAAAAACUUACAGCGAAACAAAUCGAAGUUUUAUGUAAACAUAUUCGGUUUGUUAUUUUAUAUAUCAUCUGGACCUAAAACCUUGAUAACGAUUACGGAAGAACAUUCAGUAAAUUCAGAGAGAAACAAAAAUGCUGUCAAAAUGUUUGCACGCGCUUCCGUACCGAUACGUCUGGCUUGAAUUAAGAAGAAACACCCAUUUCAUUAGUAUGAACAUAGCUAAAAACAAACCUGUAGCGUUUAAGUCUUAUUAGAUAUAUAGAUCGUACAUACAAUAAGUUUGAUUUCGUCUGCAGAAUUGAGGUAGAUUCGAAAAAACCUACUGAAUAGAAACAAUGUAAAUUAAGUUAUAUGGAAAAGGAUAAAAAACGAAUGACAUGAUUGUUUGGAUGUAUUUAUAAAAACACUGAUUUAAACCACAAAACAAAACAACGCAAUUGUACUAUAUAGAUUAUAUAUCGUAUGGAAAUGAAGAAAAGAAAUUUGGAAAUGCAAUCGUGACCAGUUUCAUUCAAACGAGUAAACGAUGGGUUUGAAAUUCUGGGUUAAAAAUGCGAUUUCUUUUGCUUCACAUGGUUUUAAACUUAUUUCAUACUUUUACCUUAACGACAAAAUUCUUUUAUCUAAUGAAAAAUUGAUUAAUUUUACACCGACGAUCUUUAAAUAAAAUGUCAACAGAAGUGAACGUAUGAAUGAAAUGGAAUAAAUUCUUUAAGAAAAUAUUAGAACUUAGCAGAAGAUAAAAUUUAACUCUACGUCAAAAAGUAUAUAUAUCUAAAAUAAAUAAUUAUUAAACGAAUAUAUAAAAAGAAGAGUACAUGAUUGUUGUGAUUUUUCCCGUAGAAAGAACUAAAAUAACAAAGCUAACAGAGAUCGUGAUUCACUGACUUUUGUUAUCGCGAAAUUUAUCCGUUUUUUUUUUUAUAGAAUCUAGAGUAUAUUUUGAGUGAGUAAGCCUAACCAACAUGAAUUUACUAUAGCAAGGGAUGUCCAAACCGUGUGGUAUCCACAUUAGCGAUGGGUUCUGUUUUGUACGUGAAAAUCGAUUAAAGUUAUGCGAAGGGUCGUGAAAAUGAUCCAAUAACGGAAAUAAUUGGUUAAUUCAACCCCGGAACGAUUUGUCAAAAGUAUAUCAUGAGUAAAUUCCACUAAAAAUUGUUAACAGGCCACACUCUUCGAAGACAAGUCCCACAUCAGUUUAAAAGUGUCGAUAGUAACUUCCAAAAAAUAUUUCAAAUUCGUAAAGAGUGCAAAAGUGACUAAGUGGUGUAAAGUUCUGCGUUUUUCUACCCCGUGCCGAAAUGACGAUUCAAUAAACCAGUGUAAGGUAUUCGUUAACAGUGUA